GCAAAAAAACUAAAAUUGUUUAUUUUUUAUUUUGUGGAAAAACGAGCUAAAAUGGUGUUAAAAGUGACUUCAAUUUGUUUCAAUAGCUAAAAUUACAGAUUCGUGACCUCGGCGUGCAAGGAACUAAAAGAAAACUAAUAAGAAACCCACGCAAAAUAUGUUGGCCCCCAACGUCUUCGACUUCUCCGCCACCAAGUAAAAGGAGUGCAGCUGUGUGGGCAAGUUGGUAGUCCGUGCCACACUGUCAUAGCCCCAUGAAGUGAUCCCAGCUUAGCCAUGGGCAAGCAUAGAACUGCACAGCAAGAUGCCAUUUUCAUCGCCUUUAUGGAGAGACACCCAAUGAUAGCCAAAAAUUACAUCAAGGGUGAUAAGCUGGCUGCGGAGGCUGCAUGGAAGCGCCUUUCAAAGGAACUAAAUAGCGUGGGCCCGCCUGUGAAAGAAGCUUGUGAAUGGAAGAGAGUAUGGAAAGACUGGAAAAGCUGCAUUCGUAAAAAGAUUACCAAUAACAGGUUAGAGGAUUCAAAUGCCAGCGGCAAAGGCUCGCUGUAUCAGGACACACUCACAGCUCUAGAGGAUGCAGUGGCCGUGAUCUGUGACUUGUAUGAUAUGGCAGACAGCGUGGUUGAGUCACGUCCAAAGGCACGUCCGGAAAUGUCCAACAGUUUGCAAUUGCACAACAUCAAGACCGACCAGGAUGAGGUCACAACCACAGAUGAAGAUGAUGAGGAAGAUGACGAAUGCGCCAAUCGGGGCAAUGUUAGACGUAUGGGUGAGAAAAUGGAACAGCUCAUUAGGACUUCGCAAACUCCUGCCAAAAGGCGAAAGCUGGUUCAUAAUGAUGUAAAUGCGUUUGAAAUUGGAAAUGAAAGCGCGGUGCCGAUGCUAUUGGAUAUCGCUAAGGAGUUGAAGGACCUAAAUAGACAGACUCGCUUAAACGCGCAGCGAACAGAAGCCAAUACAGAGGCACUUUUAACUCUCGGCACGCAGAUCUCAGAACUCAUGCAGCAGCAGCUCAAGGAACGCAAGAGGCUUAAUGCUAUAAUGGAGAAAUUUGUCCUCAAAAUGGAAACAACCGACUAACUAGUUGGUUCCGUUAUUUUUAAGUUCGUCCCUCAUGAUCAAAAAUCUGACCGCAAAAUCAAGAUCUAAAAUAUUUAUUCGAACUUUAAAGACUAUAAUAAUAAAUAGGCCCAUUAUAUCUGACUAAA